AUGGGGUGUGGAGGAUCCAAGGUGGAGGAGCUUCAAUUGGUGACUCUUUGUAGAGAGCGUAAGGAGUUGAUCAAAGCCGCGUCUCGCCAUCGUUACGCUCUUGCUGCAGCUCACGUCACGUAUUUUGAAUCUCUCAAAGACAUUGGCGAAGCCAUAAGGAAAUUUGUUGACGAAGAGAUUGUGAUCUCUGGUGCUGAUUCUUCUUCCUCCCAUGGUUCUCCUGUUCUUACACUGCCAUCUGAUGAAGGUAAAGGAAAGAAGAUGAUGAAGAAGAAGAAGAAGAAGAAGAAGAAGAAGGCAGAAUCGGAUGAGAAACACAUAAACUCGUCUUCGUCUUCCUCGAUUUUACAUUCCGUUUCGGUUUCGGACGAGAUCGAUUGCUCUCACUUGCAUUUAUCAUCUGAAUCGGAUUCUGAAUCUGAACACAAUUCUUCCGGUCCUAUUCAUCUUGAAGAUACUCCAGUAGUACUACCAGAUCAAGGUUAUAGCCAUCCUCCUCCUUAUGUUUAUCCGCCUGAUUGGAGUUCUCCGACGAAUACAUUCGCCUAUUAUAUGCAGAGAUCAACCACUCCAGGGACAACGGUGAUGUACGAUGGACCGGAGACUCAUACCGCUUUAGAUGGGCAGUGGCCUGAUCCUUCUCACAGUUAUUCGCCAUAUCCGCAGUAUGGAAAUGGAGGGUUCUAUGGGUUUUCAAUGGGUUCACAACCUGAUUAUAACCUGUAUAAUCAGCAACAGAGGCGCCCCGCUACUCCGCCACCUCCUCCUUCUCCGCCGCAGGUCUCUGCUUGGGAAUUCAUGAAUGUUUUUGAUGGCUAUGAUAAUGGCUACCGGGAUUAUAAUUCAGGGAAUACAUAUGGGUAUGGUUCAAUUCAGAGCAGUCCUGAUUCCAAUGAAGUGAGGGAGAGAGAAGGGAUACCUGAAUUGGAAGAUGAAACGGAGCCUGAAGCUCUGAAAGAACUUAAAGAGAGGAAGAAAUUGAAUGUGGAGACAAUGAGUAAGAAUAUAAAUUUAGGGGAAGGGACUUCUAAGUUUGUUCCGCCUCAGAGUAGUGAGGGCAGUUCAAAAUCAGUGCCAUUGCCAAAUUGUGGUAGCUCACCGGUAUCUAAGGAGAAAGGAAUGGAUAACAGUCCUGAUACAAUUGUGUCGAGGAAAUCGGAACAGGAGGAGCCAGUGGAGACAAAAGAAGUGAGUUUCGAGAUUGAGGAGAUGUCGACCUUAGAUGUCGAAUCUUCUAAGAAAAGUAAUUUAGCGACAUUCGCUGCGUUUGGUACAAGGGAUCUUCAGGAAGUUGUAAAUGAAAUUAAGGAUGAAUUUGAAGCUGCUUCUAGCUAUGGGAAAGAGGUAUCAAUGUUGCUUGAAGUUGGGAGAUUGCCUUAUCGGUCGAAGCUCACUGCACUUAAAGUUAUGCUUUCUCGGAUCCAGUACUCGGUGGCCCGUUCCUCGGCAUCUUCUCAGCCGCCAUUGAUUUCGUUGGACCAUAAGACGCUGAAAAUGGCGAAAGCAUACACUGGAGAUGGCAGUCCUGGCAAUGAGUUUGAGUUGAAAUAUGGAAGCCUUUCAUCUACGUUGGAGAAGCUUUAUGUAUGGGAGAAGAAACUGUACAAAGAAGUUAAGGAUGAAGAAAGAUUACGUGUUGAUUAUGAAAAACUGUGCAAGAAGUUGAAAAGGUUAGAUGACCAUGGAGCUGAUACCACUAAAAUUGAUGCUACUCAUGCAUCAAUUAGGAAGAUAUUAACCAAGAUCGACAUCUGUAUCAAAGCUGCUGAUGCUAUAUCAAGCAGGAUUCAUAGGUUGCGGGAAGAAGAAUUGCAGCCUCAACUAUCUGAGCUGAUUCAUGGGUGGAUAAAGAUGUGGCGAUCUAUUCUAAAAUGCCAUCAGAAACAAUUUCAAGCAGUGAUGGAGAGCAAGAUUCGGUCAUUAAAAGCUAGAACGGGAUCUAGAAGAGAUGAGAGUUUGAAAGCUACAGUGGAUCUUGAAAUGGAACUUGUCAACUGGUGCGCUAGAUUUAACGAUUGGAUUCGUACCCAAAAAGCUUAUGUCGAAUCGUUAAAUGGAUGGCUCCUACGAUGCCUUAACAACGAGCCUGAAGAAACUGCUGAUGGUAUUGCUCCUUUUUCACCAGGUCGGAUGGGAGCUCCACAGAUUUUCAUUAUUUGCAAUGAUUGGCACCAAGCUAUGCUCGAAAUUUCAGAAGACAAAGUGGUUGGUGCCAUUCAUGGUUUUGCUUUAAACUUGCAUGAGUUAUGGGAAAGGCAAGAUGAGGAACAACGUCAGAGGAUCAAAGCCAAUUUCCUUUACAAGGAUUUUGAAGAACACCUUAGAACCUUAAGAAUGGAGAGAGCUAUGUUGAAAUCUGACCAAGAUGAGGCAUCAGGAGGAACUGUAGUCUCAAAAAUUCCUUCUGAAAGUGAAGUUUCUCAACCGGAUGAUCUGAAAGUUAAUUUGGAUUCACUGAGGAAGAAGUUAUACGACGAGAGAGCAAAACACAAGGAUUCCAUUAAACUGGUUCACAAUGCUGCUUCAAAUAGCAUACAGGCCGGCUUGGUUCCCAUCUUUGAGGCAUUGGAAAAGUUCAGUUCCGAGGUUACGAAAGCACACGAGCAAGUCAGGCUUCAAAACUCUUAGAUGCUAGUACCUGUAAUACAGCUAGGCUCUGAGUACCCUUUCGGGUUUGUAGUACACGGCCUACUACUUCAUGUUUUCACACCGGCAGCGUGCUAUUGGCGGAUCGGGAGAUGCACUCCGACAUACUACAUACUGACACUUACAAAUCCUGGUAGGCAUGUAUUUAAGAAUCCCUCCUUUCAUGAUGUACAUAUAUAAGCCAAUGAGAUCACCUGGUGUAUGUAAAUUAUUAGGCUAGCAGAAGGAAACCAUGGGAAAGGAUUAGAAACACUGAGAAAUUAGAAAAAAAAAUGAAGAGAAGCUAGAAGUUAGAGGUGAGAUUUUUGGAAUUGGAAGUUGAAUUAUAAUUUAGAAGAGAGGGAUCUUUGAAGGGCUAAAGAGAACCUGGAUUAUAGAAGUCUGUGAUAAUGUGAUAUUGAUGAUGAUGAUGGUCAUUGAUGUGGGCUUGGAGAGCUGUGAAGAUGGUGCAGAUUUUGAAAAUUUUGGCUUAGCUUUGCUUACCCUCCUCAUCUAGAUGAAUAGGAACAAGAAUGUUGUAUAGAAAUUCAUUCAUUGGUGCAUUUGUUGCAA